AUGAAUGAAGAUCUCACCUCGCCUCCCCUUACCGGCAACAUCAGGUCCGGCAGCCUUAGGCUUACUUCUUCUAUUGCUCAAAGUUACAAGCCAUGUGUCUUAUUAAGGGGAUUGGCUAUUCAGUUGGUUCAUGGCAGCCCUCACAUCUUGCUUUGGCUGGAUUGUAUCUUUAUCAGUUGGAGUCUCAGACAUCCACCAACUAUCAGCGGUGCACCAGUAUGGCUGGUAAGCAAGUCUAUGAAGUACCUCCCGACAGUCUUGGUGGCUCUUCUUCUUGUAUUGCUGUGUAUAAAAGAGGCAUGGACAUCCAAAAGAACGAGAAGGAGAAAGCAAGUUGGAUUAGAGGACUUAUACAAGCAACCUACAGAGGGGCAUAAAGUUGUGGUGACUCCGUUUCUUGAGAUUCUUGCUGCUGGAGGAAAGAUGAGUAUCAGCAUGUCAAGAUUUGAAUUUUUCUGCCACCGCCCUACUAUUGUUGCUUUAAUUGAUUUGGGCAUUGAUAUGGGCACUGCAAGUAGUGGGACAAGUGGUCCUGCUCCAUCAGAGGAAGAGGAUGCAACUUCAGUGCAAAAAGACAAAGCUGAAGAAAAUGAGCAAGCAAAAGUCAAGGGUUUAUUGGGACAUGGGAAAUCCCGAACUGUAUUUUCCAUGGCAAUGAAUAUUGACAGUGUCAUUGUGUAUCUUAACAAGGAGGAUGGAUCUCAACUUGCAAUGAUUGUGCAAGAAAGAUUCAUGUUGGGUCUUAAGGUCAAGAACUACCAUCCUUCUCUUUAUCUUCUUCUUUUUUUCUCACUAUUUUGGUACAUAUCUAAACACUUUAUUAUACAUGUUCGCCCUGGUUCUAUAUCAGUUGAAGGUACAUUAGUAAAUUUCAGGCUGUGUGAUUGUUCACUAGGUACGGAUCAUGUUUGGGGAUGGAUUUUUGAUAUACGUAAUCAAGGAGCUGAAUCUCUUAUCCAGGUGUGUAUAUAUCAAUUCUCAUUUGAGUCCUACAGUCCUAAAGAUGAUGACUAUGAAGGAUAUAACUUUAGCUUGAGUGGCAAACUUUCUUCCAUUCGUAUUGUUUUCCUCAACAGGUUCAUUCAAGACGUUAGUUUUGAAUUUCUUUCUCUUCAUUCCAAUUGA